GACGGUGUGUCGGCGUUGUUCUACAGUGGUGCGGUUUUGCUAUCUGAUGUUGGUGUGAUGGGGAACAGAACCUUACUCACAAUACUCCAUAUUGAUGAGAUACACGCUGAAUUCCAGCGCAUAACAACUAUCCCACUUGAAACAGCCUUCAUGGCGCAGUUGGACAGCCAUCUACCUCAGCUGACAUCUGUCUUCCAGAAGAAGGGAGGAGUUGUUGGCCAGAAACUAGCCAAACAUCUGGCGAUCUUGCAAAAGGCAACAAGUGAUGUUAACCUUAAAAGGGAAGCAAUCCUCAAGGCACUUUGCAUCCACCUUGGUGAGGAUGAUGGACAUCUCAUUCGGGAGUAUAUGGACAUCGAAGGAGAUGACGUCACCAGAGACCUGCAGAAAUCUACCAUGGGCAUAUAUGUCAUCAACAAGGAGGGUGGAGAACCUGGACAUUAUGACGACGUUGGGAUUUUUGUUGAAGGACUAAUUAUUCUGGACAACAUUGGAUCUGUAUCCCGAGCUUGUGCCAUCAUGCUGGGAGUCAUCUAUACACUGAACAUGGCUUACCCCAAAGAGCUAAGGUACUACUAUGAAUUCAUUCAGAAAGUGCUCUUGCAAAUGGAUGGUGAAAGGCUUUCCCCAAAAGUCCUUGGACUGAAGAACAAGAUACAUGCUGGACUGUAGGGGUGUUGAAAAUAAUCGUUUCUACGAUGCAUUGCGAUGCGGACGUGGACGAUUCGGUCUCGAUGCAGUGA